AUGAAUCAGGGAGCAGUUGGUCAUGGCUCGUAUCAAUGGACUUGGAAUUCCUCAGUUUCAUUCCUCUACGGCGGUCUUGCACCCAUUUUUAUUGUUAUCGGCAUAGCAUUGCUCACGGUAGCUUGUUCGCGGUGUCUUAGGCCUGAAAUGGAUCAUUUGCCGAAUACAACUAGUGAUUCGAACAAGUCAAGAGGCGAAACGAGUAAUGAAAUUGAUCGUGAACCUAACGUUCUGGUAAUCGUGGCGGGUGAAAAUCACCCUACUCAUUUGGCAUUGCCUAGUAGUCACUCGUAA